AAAAAAAGUAUUAAGCACAUGCUCACUGACGUUUAUCAUUAGUAGGGUGGCGCUGCUGUUAAGCAAACUUACAUAUCCAGGUGUGUGUGUGUGUUGUGGUUAGCCGCUUAACCUGCUAGCUAUCUGGGAGCUCGGCUAUGGCGGAGUUGGAUCUGGAUCAUGAAGAGCUGAUGCCUGAAAACUGUGAAAGUAAUCCCCAACCGCCACAGACUGAAUCCGCGGCCGCGGCUCCAGAGGACGGUACGGCGGCUCCCUCUGCCGGGGGAGAAGCGCGCUGCACCGCGUCCCACCAGGAGAUGAUGGAUGAAAAGAUGCAGCCCAUUAAAGAGCAGCUCCAGUAUUUCCUCAGCAAAGCAGACGAGUUUCAGACACACGUCGUUUACAGUUCUGACAGACAGCAGAGAGAUGCUUUUGCCCGUGUGGUUCCGACAUUCCUGCAGACCUGCCAGCCGUACUUCACCUACCUGGAGUCCACAGCCCACAACUCCUCACCUGGUCGGAUUCCACUGCCGCUGUACAUUCGAACCAGGCUGUUGCAGUUUUCUGAGCAGCUGUGCAGUCGGCUGGAGCAGCUGCUGCUGAUGUAUGCCUCGUUUGGCUACCUCUCCCUGGAGGAGGCGGACCCGCUGGGUAUCUCUCAUUUCUACAUCGGUCAGUGUCAGGUAGAUAACAUCAAGCUCUCCAUCUUCCGUUAUUGCCUCCCCUCCCCAUUCCUGACCUCGACCGACAGCGGCCUGUACAAGCGCAUGCGCUGGAACGUGGAGCGAGAGAGCGGGACAGAGAGUACAGGAGAGGAGGAGGAGGAAAAGAAAGAAAGGGGGAUGGGAGGAGCGGGAGAUGCGGGAGGAGCAGUAGGAGAGGAAGGACGAGAGCUGGAAGGAGACAAAGGCAGCAGCACAGAGUAUUAUUUCCUGUGCUGCGAGGACGUCCCUGUGGAGGGAAGAGGAGUAGGAGGAGGAGAGGCCGCUGGAGUAAUGAGGGCAGAGGACAGGGUUGUAGUGAGGAUGUGGUCUAUAGGACAGUGGGUGCAGACUGAUCCAGAUCCAUACACAGAAGACAUCUAUGAGUGGAUUUUGUGCACAGUUCCUCAAGGCCAGUACAGGGAAAUAGUGCAUCUGGGUGGAGAAGAGCCUUCUUCCUGCUUUGCCACAGAGUGCCUGUUGGGGGUGCUGUUGUCUCAGGCAGACAACAACCCAAGCAACACUAACAACUAAGCAACUGAACAACUUGUAAGACUUAUGCAGCACACUUGUUCCAGAAAUGUAUAAUUAUAAGAACAUUUUCACAUUUUGUGGUACCACUUUAAAAUAAGACUACCUUUAUAAAGGGUUUAUAAAUGGUUUACUAUU